GAGAUAAUAUCUCACAAUUGUAUGCCACGCAGUAUUGGCUGUGACGCUUUUCCGGAAGGACUUUACCCUGGCAGUCAACAGCACAAGUGCUGCAAUAGCAAGCCAUGCCACCUAAAAAGCCUCGAACGUCCAAACUAGAAAAAUCGAUGCUUGAUGCCUUCGCCCCAGAUUCAAGCGAGGAGCCCGACCCCAUCGCGCUGGCGCUGUCCUUGAAGGCUCAGGGCCAGGAGCAGGCAGAAUCAGGGAAGUUUGCCGAGGCGCGGGCACUGCUACUUCAGGCGGUGCGACUGAUGCCCGGAGAUGCGGAGCUGCAUGAGCUGCACGCCCAGGUGCUCCUGCAGUUGGGCAGCACGUGGGAGGCAGUGCGUGCGGCGGAGCGGGCGGUGCAAUUGACGCCGCAAUGGGCGGACGCGCAUGUCACCUUGGCACGGGCGCAGAUGAACUUCGGCGAGCCGGUGCUGGCGGAGGCAUCCUACGAACGCGCGCUGGAGACCAUGCAGCAGCCAUGCACGGACGCGGGGGUGCUGGCGGCCGUGCGGCAGGAGCUGGCGGAGGCGACGCAGCUGGCGGAGCGGCAGCGCGCGCUGGGGCCCGGAGUGCGGGCGGUGGUCAAGGAUGCUGGCGGGGGAACUGGGACACCCGGAGAGACGGAAGUGGAGGACGGCGGGCGCGGGGGUGCGGGAGGAGCGCUGGUGAGCAGCAGCGACGGUUCGGGGCGCGGAGGGGCAGGGGCGAAGCGGCAACGGUCCGGAGGGCAAAGCAUUGCAGGAGACGGGACGGCGGUGGGCAGGCAGCAUACCACGCGUGCGGAUCAGCCGGACUCAUCAGCAGCCGAUGCAACAGCAGGCCCCAGCAGUUGACUUGCAUGCAAGGGAGGUGCACUGAUAGUGGCGCAAAUGGCGGCAUCGUGGUUUGGCGGAUCCUUCUCUGACUUGAAGAGGUGUAACUGUGCUGUGCG